AUGCACCAUCGUCCAAUAUCUUUUCCACCUUUCUCACGCCAUUAGCUCCGCCAACGCUCAAUUGCGAGUUAAAGACGUCCAACCGGACCUUGCAAAGGCACGAAUGUCUCUGUUCUGGGCAGCCAAAACGACGUUGGCCAAUGGAAUGCAACUUUUGGGAGUAGAACCUUUGGAACGAAUGUAGAAGACAAUUGAUGUCACUGCCAUAAACGGCACGUUCGGAAUGUUGAUGAAAGGAAUCUCCUACUCACCAGCCACUAGACUGCAUUUUUUUUUUCUUCUCUUCUUGUUGUUUGUUCCUUGCCCUUUAUUUUUCUUUCAUUGCCUUUUGAAUUCCCAGUGCGGACGUUUGGAAGCACUCCUUGUGUCAGUUCAUCUUACCCUGCAUCUCUUUCCAUUCCCCACUUUGUAAACAAUGACCAUAGUCAUUGUUUAAAUUCCCAAUUGUCGGCGGUGCAGACCCUAAUUUUUUUUUAAUUGAAUCAUAACAAACACGCUUGUCUCUUUCAAUCUCCCAUUCGGAUUGUCGCCUUCCACCUACCUCUUCAGAUAUUGGUGGUUUUGGUUUUUUUUUUUUUUCAGGAACACAUUUCUCCCCCCGAGUAACUCAACCCCAAAAACCAGUUUAAGCCCAAACAAAUCAUGUCAGCCGCUAAAAUGGACGUUGCACAGUCAACAGAGCAUAUGAUCGGAUCCUCCAGUAUGAAUCCAGUUCGUUUGGAUAGUAA